AUGUCUGCGCUGCGCAGAGUCAAGGCUUGGGAAAUAUCUGAAUCCGAGGAAAGCGAAGCGGAGACCAAACGUGACCCGAACCGCGAGGAGAGGAAACCAACAGCGACGUGCAGCGCAGCGGGGGGCCACGGCUGCAGAGCCCCGCCGUCGAGCGAGGCGCGCGGUCACGCCUCCGCCUUGCGCCCCCCCGGACCCGACCCACGUGGCACGCCGAGCCCCGCGAGAAAACGCCGCUCCAAGGAGGAGAUCGAGGCCGAGCGACACGCGGCCGGCGAGAGGAAGGAGGCGAGGGAGCGGCGCAAGGCAACGAGAGCCCAAGAGAAGGAGGCGAGGAGACGAGAGCAGCGCGCGAGGAAGGAGGCCGCGGAGAACGUGAAGCGUCUCCGGCCGGAGAACCUCCUCAGGUGUCUGACGGUCCGCGUGGAUCCAGCUCUUCUGCAACACGGCGGCUCGGACAUCCUGCUGGACACCCUGGCUGCCUUUGAGUGGCGGUUUACCAUCGAAAGCCAGCAGCUUCCACACAGCAUCACCUGGCUCAGAGAUUCACCUCAGGGCAAAGAUGGCUCCGUGGAAGAGGAGCAGGUGGCUCUGGUGCUCGGUCUGAAUGACUUUGUGGACAUGGUGAUCUCUGUGAAGAAAAUGCUAGACAGUGGGGGGCAGGAGACUGGGAUGGGGUCUUUCCUCAGUCCAAUAUUGGAGUAUCUAAAUCGGGACGACAAGAAGUUGGUCACUCUCUUAGUGACACACUAUCAGAGCGAUUACAGGACAGAUGCUUGUGGUGCAUAUUUACUAGAGGAGAUGCUACAAUCCAAAUCCGGGAUGGAGAACCUGGACGUCGAGGAGGUUCUCGUGUACCUGCAGCUCUGCAAGAACAUCAACCUGGUCCUCCUGGAUGGCUGGCAGGAGAUCACCAACCACGUGUGCGCCGUCACCAAGGCCUUGUCGAAGCGGCCCUUCAAACUGCUGACGGAGCGAGCGGAGCUGCCCUUCUGCGUGGACGGUGCGUGGGCCGGCGGGGCUCGGGUGGAGAGGGACGGCUCCGGGCUGAUCCAGGUCUGGAGCAGGCAGAUCCAGCAGCUUAACCGAGUUAGCCCCUCCGUGGCCUCCACCGUGACCGGCGCCUACCCGUCCCCUCAGCUGCUGCUGCAGGCGUACCAGAGCGUGGAGUCGGAGGAGGACAGAAAGGGGCUGCUGGCCGGCCUCGUGGUGAGAAGUGGAGGAAAAGAGAGACGAGUAGGACCGGAGAUCUCCGCUAGAGUUUACCGCUGCUUCACUGCACAGAACCCCCAGCUGGUGUUGGACUGAUCUGUCCACUUGAGAAGCAGAUGGACGGAUUAAUCUGGUCUCUAAUGACACUUUGUCCCCACUGGGCUGCUAAUGUGUAGAUGUUGUAAAGCUAAAAUAAUGCCGCAGAUAUAAAUAUUUAUACUCCUCUGAACAGAUUUGAGAAUAUGCUUUGUAAAAUAUUAUAUACUGUAGAAUACCUUGAAACAAUAUGUAGUUGAAGUAGUGGAAAAAAUGUACAAAUGCAAGAUGUAUUGUUAAAGGAACCAUGGUGAGUUUGUUUGGUUUAACUGUGAAUAGUCGAUAAAAUAAGAUGCAGCAGAACGUUUUUAAUUCAUUUGACACGUAAAAUAAGCGAGUUUCAAGCGGAAGAAAGUUAAUAAAUGAAUUAAUAAUUAAAAAAAAGGAUCUGGAAAAAUUCCACGUGUUGACUACAAAACACAUAUAAAAGAAAUGUAAUUUCCAUAGUAUCAAAAAAAGCAACUUCUUUUGUCCCUGGAGUCUAUACUGGAGAUCUUAAACACAAGAUAUCCAUUGUGUUUAUCUAAUCUGGUAGAUUAUGCUUCAUAUUUUCAUUACUAACCCGAAUAGUAGAAAUUGGCUAUAAUAUGAAGGAUUAAACGUCUUUUCCUACUGCA